CCGGCUCCCCGGCUCCCCGGGGCUGAGGGAAAGACCGGUGCCGAGGGCAAUGUGGUUCGGUGGAUGCCCCUCUCGUUUCGCCCCCUCUCCCCCGGCCGAGGAGCUGCGGCGGAGGGAGCAGGCUUUCCUGCUGGACUGCGUGGCCGUCAGCUACAUAUCCAGAGGCCACAGUCACUCCGCGCCCCGAGCUGGCAGUGUCAUCCCACCCUACAAUCCGCAGAGAGACCGCCACGCCGCCGCCUACUUCACCACCAGGCCCCUAUUGCCACUGUUGAGAAAAACCGGCCAAGCGGGCGGAGGGACCUCUGUCCACGGCGCGGUGGUCGAUCGAUUCCAGGUUUGUGGAGAGGCAGCCAGUUACCUGCGAACAAGGAACAACAACGGCGCAGGUUACUCUGCGGAGCAAGUGAAAGGCCAUUCUCUCUUUCUGACUGGAAUUAAACCUGUAUUUGGAUACAACGGUCUCUAUGGCUACAGGAGGAACACGCCAACAUUGCGAAGACUCCCAUCGUCAUUUGGUAUAACCAGCCCGUCGCCUAGUUAUUGAACAAAUCUGUCGGCAGUCGCUCCCCCGCCUCUCUGUUCUGGCUGGUUCAGCGCACUGACGUUUGACAACACUGGGAUAUCACCAUUGUUUGGAUCAAUUUUUUUUUUUUUUUUUUUUUUAUCAAAACAUUUAUUCAAUUAUUAAAAAAUAAUAUUUACACUACAAUAAAACAAGCCAGAACCCACCACCAUAAAUACAAUACAAACAUAUAUCCAUAAUAAACUAUUAUACAAUUAUGAUACAAUCCUUAUUGAGGAUACAUUCAACACCCUGCGGAGCCCAGCGGUCCCGGAACUCCCUCAGGGUAUUGUUUGGAUCUUUGGUAUCACUGGUGCUUGUCUCGUCUUGUUGAUAGGUAGUAGAGUCAUAGAGCACAGUCCCAACACUUCAUAGAAACAUAGAAAAUAGGUGCAGGAGUAGGCCAUUCGGCCCUUCGAGCCUGCACCGCCAUUCAAUAUGAUCAUGGCUGAUCAUCCAACUCAGUAUCCUGUACCUGCCUUCUCUCCAUACCCCCUGAUCCCUUUAGCCACAAGGGCCACAUCUAACUCCCUCUUAAAUAUAGCCAAUGAACUGGCCUCAACUACCUUCUGUGGCAGAGAAUUCCAUAGAUUCACCACUCUCUGUGUAAAAAAUGAUUUUCUCAUCUCGGUCCUAAAAGACUUCCCUCUUAUCCUUAAACUGUGACCCCUUGUUCUGGACUUCCCCAACAUCGGGAACAAUCUUCCUGCAUCUAGCCUGUCCAACCCCUUAAAUUUUUUGUAAGUUUCUAUAAGAUCCCCCCUCAAUCUUCUAAAUUCUAGCGAGUACAAGCCCAGUCUAUCCAGUCUUUCUUCAUAUGAAAGUCCUGACAUCCCAGGAAUCAGUCUGGUGAACCUUCUCUGCACUCCUUCUAUGGCAAAAAUGUCUUUCCUCAGAUUAGGAGACCAAAACUGUACACAAUACUCCAGGUGUGGUCUGACCAAGACCCUGUACAACUGCAGUAGAACUUCGGCCCAACUCGUCCAUGCCGACCAAGAUGUCCAAUCUAAGCUAAUCCCAUUUGCCCUCAUUUGAUCCAUAUCCCCAUAAAUCUUUCCUAUCCAUUUGGAAACACACAUCAGUCCCUACUGUAAAGAUGUGGAUUACAAACAUGUCCGAGACAUUACAUUUGGAAAAUAUUAGGCUUGUCUUGGCAGAAAAACCAGAUCAACUUUUCAAGACAUGGACACUCUUUACCGAAUUCUAGGGGCAGGUAUAUCUCCACUUUUUUCUUUUUUUCCCCUUUUUUUCCUUUUCCUCACUUAUACCUUUACUCACUCUUUGGCCACACUGGCAGUCUAGGGGUCCGAUCUUUUCACUUUUCACCUUUUCCUGUUCUUUCUCUCUUGUUUUCUCUCAUUUUCAGGUUAAAAGAUCAAAAUUGAAGCUAUACAAAUAAUUGUAUAAUUUUACGCCGAAUGUUUUAUUCUUGUACAAUUGCUUCUAAUAAAAAUAAUUUAAAAAUAUAUAUAUUUCUUAUCCAUGUACCCGUCCAGUUGUCUUUUACAUGUUGUUAUUGUGCCUGCCACAGCUACCCCCUCUGGCAGCUUGCUCCAUAUACCCACCACCCUCUUAUUGAUUAAGUCGGCCCUUGGGUUACUAUUAAAUCUUUCCUCUUGCACCUUAAAUCUAUACCCUCUAGUUCUUGAUUCCCAUUCAUCCUUUCAAUUCCCCUCAUGAUUUUAUACACCUCAAUAAGUUCACUCCUUAGCCUCCUGAGCUCCAAGAGAAACAAUGUCCCAGCCUGCCCAAUCUCUACCAUUAGCUCAGGCCCUCAAGUCCUGGCAACAUCCUUGGAAAUCUCACAAUAAUUCCCAAUCUAAAACAUGAAUAGAUAAAUCCACCACAAUACCUCUCCCUUAGAAUACAAAAUGCCAGAGUAUCUCAGCGGGUUAGAAAGUAUCACUGGAUCCGAAACGUUGACUAUCCAUGUCCUUCAGGGAUGAUGCCUGGCCCAUUGAAAUAAUCCUGCACUUUGUGUGCUAUGCAAGAUUCCAACAUCUGCAGUCCCUUGUGUCUGCACAGUACCGCCCGCUCCCCGUUUGCAUAGGUUGCUGGUAAAUUGAUUUGUUUGUGUUAUUAACAAAAAUCUGUGUAUUGUACUUUCUAGUAACGGUGUGGUGAACUUUAAAAUAUCUGAGGGAAAGGUAAAGAGCAAUCCAUAAUUUCAAUAUUGUUAACCAACGAUUUACUAAUACGAUUAUUUAGACUUUGUUUCCAUUGUAAUGUGAAUAUAUAUAAGACACGUCUAUUGUAGCGCCAUGGGAAUGCAUUUGGUGUUUGGUUCUUGACCAUACUCACCUUUACGUUUUCCAUUCAGUGAACAGAAAAUGUUGCACAUUACUAAACUCUACUAAAGGCGACAAGCUCCUGAACUACACUCUAUAAAAGAUUAACUCUCGAUUAGAAUCCGAAAGGCGAUACUGCAGUCUCCUAAGAGUGACGGCGGUUUGGCACUUCCUGACUUUAGGCGAUACUAUUGGGCAGCUAACUUGCAAAAACUCCUGUAUUGGAUGAAUGAUGAUUGCGACCACCUACCGACCUGGGUACACAUGGAAAAGGCGAGUUCACAUCUCCCGUUACGGUCUGUCCUAUGCUCCCAACUCCCCCUUCCUAUAACAUCUGUGGGUGCAGGCCCAAUUGUGUCCCUCUCGCUCAAGAUAUGGAGUCAACUCAGGAAAAACUUCGCCCUUCCAUCUUGACCCCACUGCUUAAAAGCCACAUCUUUAAACCUUCAAGUACAGACCACACAUUCAAAACCUGGCAUAGCAACGGUAUCAGUAGUUUCAAAAACCUAUACAAGGAUGGCAUCUUUUCGUCUUUUGCGGAGCUCUCGUCCAACUAUAGCCUCCCAAACUCCCACCUUUUUCGUUUUUCCAGAUUAGGGAUUUUGUGAAGAAGACAUUCCCCCAUUUCUCAAAUCACCCCCCUGAAACCCUGACCGAUACCAUCUUAGCUCUAGAUCCCAACCGGAAGAAAUGGAUCUCUGUUUUGUAUAACUUGUUAGGGUCGGUUAUAUUGAAACCUCAUACCUCAUUAAAAGCUGCGUGGGAGGGUGAGCUGAAUACGAAACUAACAGACCAGCACUGGGACUCUGCCUUGGACUUGAUCCAUUCUUCCUCCAUAUGUGCCCGUCAUGGCCUAAUCCAAUGCAAAGUCCUUCACAAAGUCCACUACACAAAUGCAAGAUUAUCUAGAAUUUACCCCGCUGUUAGCGACACCUGCAACAGAUGUAAUCAAUUUCCUGCCAACCAUAACCAUAUGUUUUGGUCUUGCCCUAAGCUAGCAGCCUUUUGGAGGAGUGCUUUCGACUUGAUAAGCAGAGCCUACGGCCAGACUAUUCCUCCAAACCCACUAUCAGCCAUUUUCGGUACCCCUCCCAACCCCAACACCAACCUCUCUGUUGCGGUUAAACGGGUUCUAGCUUUUACAACCUUGUUAGCCCGGAGACUGAUCUUGCUUAACUGAAGGCUCACCUGUCCCCCGACACACACCCGCUGGAUUAAGGAGGUGCUUUACAAUUUAAAGCUUGAAAAACUUAAGUUCUCUCUCAAAGGCUCUACCAAGACAUUCCUAGAUACAUGGAACCCCUUCUUGGAACUUGUUAACUCUCUCAACUUGUCCCCGGACUCGGAAGAGGACUGAGUGCUCUCCACCAUUGUUCUGCUCUACUGCAGCUGCUCUCCCCUUAACCCCCCCCCCCCCCUCCCCACACUUAUUUAUUUAAUUACUCACUUAUUUACUGUUAUUAGUGACCCCCUUUUUUUUAGUGCUUUUUGUUUCGUUUAUCUUACCAUAUUUGUGUGGAUGUGUAUGUAUGUGAGUGUUGUUUGUCCCCGUUUGGUUCCGACCUGAUUCGGGUGGGUUGAAGGUGGGUAAGGGUAAGGGCUUUGAGGGUCACUUACAUACUGUUGCACAAUUAUGCCUUGACUGUCACUGUCUGUUAUCAUUGUAUGUAUGCAAAUUGCUGUGAAAUUCAAAUAAAAAGAUUUAAAUCAAGA